AUGAGCCAAGUUCAUUUUUCUAAUAACAAAGUAUCGUUACCCUUGAAUAUGAUGCAUCGAACAUGUCGUCGUUCUAUGGAAAAAUUAAAUAUUUACGACUCGAAUACAUCACCAUCCAUUUCAUCAAAACCUCAAUUACCUCCACCUUUACCACCACCCCGUAAAAAUCGGCGCCAUCUAUACAAUGGUGAAACUUUCGAACGUUAUCACUUUCUCUGUAAUAUGAAGCGUCAUAGAACAGAUCCGAUUUAUGCUGCUACGCCAAUGUUUUCAACAAUACCACAAUCAACACCAGUAAAACAUACUCGAACAUUGCUAGGCGCUUAUAUACCUUCAUAUAUUAUUAAGCCUUUACCGAUUCAAUCUCCGAUGUCUAUUACAUCUCCAGAACUAUCAAAUGCUAAUAAAAUUGAUGAUGCAGAAAGAGAUAGAAAUAAGAAUAAUGAUCAAAAUGCAAGUGAUGGUGAUAAAAAUAGAGAUGUCGAUGACGAUGAUGAUGACGAUCAAGGAAAUUCAUCAAGUAGUAGUGAUGACAUUGGUAUUGAUGAUAUUAUUAAUAAUGAUGAUGAUGUGAUCGAUGAUAAUGAUAAUGAUCAAGGGAUGUGUCUAUGGUCGCAUCUGUAUAAAACAUUAAUUUUUCAGAAUAAUGAAAAUAGACUUCGUUCAAUGACAAGUACAAAAAGCUCCCAUGAUGAUACAACAGUAGUGUUGCCAUCAACGACGCCAGUUAAAUAUAGUUCAACUGAUAGAAAUUGUAAAACAGUUCCGGAACCACCGGCAUGUCCUCUCGACAUUGGAGAUUUAUUUUCUAAACCAUCUGAUCCAAAUGAUAAACCUAAUUUAGAAAAACUCAAACAACACAUUAUACUCGAAGGACAUCUUACUGAAUGUGCUGCACUUCGAAUCAUUGAAAACGGUGCUACUCUGCUGCGCGCAGAACCAACGUUAUUACAUAUCGAUGCACCAUUAACUAUUUGUGGUGAUAUUCAUGGACAACUCUAUGAUUUAGUAAAAUUGUUCGAAGUCGGUGGAUCUCCAGCAAAUACUCGUUAUUUAUUUCUUGGUGAUUAUGUUGAUCGAGGUUAUUUUGGAGUAGAAUGUGUACUUUAUUUAUGGUCACUAAAAAUUCAUUAUCCCAAUACAUUCUUUUUACUAAGAGGAAAUCAUGAAUGCCGACAUUUGACAGAAUAUUUUACAUUUAAACAAGAAUGUCUUAUAAAAUAUACAGAAAAGGUUUAUGACGCUUGUAUGACAGCGUUUGAUUGUCUUCCAUUGGCUGCCGUUAUGAAUAAUCAAUUUCUAUGUGUGCAUGGCGGUCUUUCACCGGAAGUUCAGACAUUAGAUGAUAUUAAACAGUUGGAUCGAUUUCAUGAGCCCCCAGUUCAUGGUGCAAUGUGCGAUCUACUUUGGUCUGAUCCCGCUGAAGAUUAUGGUAACGAAAGCGGGUCUUUAACACUAGUUGCAACACGUCGUCUGAGCGCUCCAGUAAAAACAUCAACAUCAACAGCUACAAACCCUUCAACAGCAUCAUUAUUUCUACCGAAUGGAACACGUGGCUGUUCUUACUUUUAUACAUAUGCUGCUGUUAAUGAAUUUUUAGUACGGAAUCAGAUACUUUCUGUAAUUCGUGCACAUGAAGCACAAGACAUUGGCUAUCGCAUGUAUAAAAAAUCUCCCGAAACUGGUUUUCCAUCAUUAAUCACAUUAUUUUCAGCGCCUAAUUACUGUGAUGUUUAUCAAAAUAAAGCAGCUAUUAUGAAAUACGAAAAUAAUGUUGUUAAUAUUCGACAAUUCAAUUGUUCGCCGCAUCCAUAUUGGUUACCGAAUUUUAUGAAUGUAUUUUCAUGGUCAUUACCAUUUGUUGGCGAAAAAAUAAAUGAUGUUCUUUUGAAAAUUCUUAAUAUAUGUACAGAUGAAGAACUAGCUGAAUGCGAUGAACAUAUUAAUUCAUUAAUUGAACGUAAUCAAAUCGAACAACGUAGAGAACAGAUACGUUCGAAAAUACGUGCCGUUGGUAAAGUCGCAAAGACAUAUCAAACUCUACGUGAAUUAAGUGAAAAUGUUGUUACAUUACGUGGUUUAACACCAUCGAAUAGUAUCACAGAAAUCAAUAAAGAAAUAACAGAAGAAGCUGAAGUUGCGGCUUCAAUACUUCGUGAAAAAGUAAAAUCACCAAAAGAACGCUUUUCAAAAGUGAAAAUACUCGAUCAAGCCAAUGAACGUAUGCCGCCAUCGAGAACUACAAAUCCAUUGGGUGGUUCGAGUGUUGCUGAACGUAUUAAACAAGCAUCGAACGCUACUCAACCAGCGGAAGCAUUGAAAAAAGAAAUGCCAUCAAAAGCUUUUACGAAUGCAACAACACAAGGAAUAGUUAAAAUGCGCCGUGAAAGUUAUGCUGGCGUACCAAAUUCAGAACGAGCACGUUCAUCAACACCGGUUGUAGAUUUACCAAAACUUGUUACUGGUCCAUCAGCGCCAUCAUCGAAUAAAUAA